AUGACUUUUUCGGUUAUUGCCCAGUUUCUGAGAUCAAUUGCAAGAAUUAGAGUAAAUCUUGGAUACGAAAUCUGCUCUAGAAAGAUGUAUGACAUUCUAUACAAUUAUGAGAGAAUUGUCUCAUAUGACAACUUAGAACAUGAGCUAGGUCUUUUCAGACGAUCAAUGGAUUACCAAGUAUUUUACGGUACAAUAUUCUGGGUAAGCAAUGAUAUAAUUUCGUAUAUCAAUUCGUUGUUCUUUCUGUCAAUUAAUACAUAUCUAUUAGGUACCCUUGGUAUAUCUACAAAAGAAAAGCCUGGAUCUUAA